UGAGCAGUAGAGUGUUACUUGUUCUUCAAGAUUCUGCGCUCAAAACUCGUCGAAUGGCUAUUUAUUUCAGUUUUAUUGAUACAGUUAGUAAAAGAAUGAUGUGCUACGAUAAUAUCUAAUGAGAUUACUCCAGCCUAGAUCAUGGAACUCAAUUUUAAUACACUUAAGGAUCACUGUGCAUCUAAACAAACCAUUAAGGGCAGAUAUCAAUACUAUUUUCUGACCGGGGAGCAGCUCUACAUCACAAAGGGAAGAUAUGGAUCGGUGAAUGUGUACGUUACAAGUUUGUUACAGCUUAGCCUACCAAUCGAAUCCAAGUGCACCAUUGUGGAUAUUUUUCGAAAGGAUCACUGUGCAUCUAAACAAACCAUUAAGGGCAGAUAUCAAUACUAUUUUCUGACCGGGGAGCAGCUCUACAUCACAAGUGAAGAUAUGGAUCGGUGAAUGUGGUAUGAGACAUCUCCUAUAUAUAUAUAUAUUAAUAGUAAAUUAGGAUAGACUUCUAACACUCCCCAAUAACACAGAUGGCUAGGGCUGGGAUGUUUAUGGUGGUACUAUUAUGACACAGUCCAUCCUGACCCUUUCGGCAGUGCCAUGUUCUAUCCGGUUGGUUCUGAGUCCAAUGGGUGCUUUCAAGUUAGAGUCAACUGACCUGCAGAUCGCAUUUCCGCGUGCCAACAACUGGACGAACAUGUGCUACUGUUUGAUUGUGGUUUAUGGAUGGCUGUGGAGUGAGACAAUCACCAUGAAUAGGGUUUGAGUUGUUAGGGUCUCUGUAGGAUAUUUGCAGUUGUCAGUCGAGUGUUUCAUUUCUUAUCAGUGCCCUUUGUGGUGGUCCCACAGCUUUUUCAUAAUGGUAGCGGGCUCAGUACAGCACUAAUUUGAUGAGCAGGUGGUACUGUUACACUGUGGCCUGGUCUGAUCUGUUCUAUGAGACUGGCGAUGCAAAUAUUAGAUUGUAGUGCCUUCAGCAAACUUAGGAAAGGGGGGAUGAGAAUUAUUUGAGUUAAGAAUUAGGAUUAAAGUGAUCUAAGUUUAGAUUAGAGACUGAAGUUAUAUUGGUAGAGUCUAGCCUCUAGCCUUUGCUAGUUGGCGGGGUUAAGCCUCUAGCCUUUGCUAGUUGGCGGGGUGAAGCCUCUAGCCUUUGCUAGUUGGCGGGGUGAAGCCUCUAGCCUUUGCUAGUUGGCGGUGUUAAGCCUCUAGCCUUUGCUAGUUGCUAUAAUAAGUCAAGAAUUAGAAUUAAGAAAUUAGUUAUCUAAGUUUAGAUUUAAGACUGAAGUAAUAUUGGUAAAGUAUAGCCUCUAGCCUUUGCUAGUUGGCGGGGAUCAGGAAGUAUUGCCUCUAGCCUUUGCUAGUUGGCGGGGAUCAGGAAGUAUUGCCUCUAGCCUUUGCUAGUUGGCGGGGAUCAGGAAGUAUUGCCUCUAGCCUUUGCUAGUUGGCGGGGAUCAGGAAGAAUUGCCUCUAGCCUUUGCUAGUUGGCGGGGAUGAGGAAGUAUUGCCUCUAGCCUUUGCUAGUUGCUACAAUUGGUCAAGCAUUAGAAUUAAGAAAUUAGUAAUCUAAGUUAGAUUUAAGACUGAAGUAAUAUUGGUAAAGUGUAGCCUCUAGCCUUUGCUAGUUGGCGGGGAUCAGGAAGUAUUGCCUCUAGCCUUUGCUAGUUGGCGGGGUUAAGCCUCUAGCCUUUGCUAGUUGG